AUGCGAGGUAAGAACGGUUUUAGGCGCAUGAUAUCGACACUCCAAAAAUUCCCCUUCGAAACUCAAAAUGGCGAGGGUUAUUGGGCUCGACACCCGAAUAAUUACUACCAAAGUGCUAGACCUGGGUUUAAAGCUCUGACAUACAGUGAACAAAAACUUCUUCCUUCUUUGCCCGUUCCAUCGCUCGAGAAAACACUGGAGAAAUAUAUAAAGUCUAUCAAACCUUAUUGCUCUGAUCCUGAACAACUCGAACAUCAGAAGGCUUUGUGUGCUGAAUUUGCGCAAACGAGAGGUCCUGAGCUGCAAGAGAGGCUUGUCAGUUUUUCUCAGGACAAACGUAAUUGGCUGGCUCAUUUCUGGGACAACCAGGCGUAUUUGGAGUAUGAUGACCCGGUGGUGCCCUAUGUUUCAUACUUUUAUGCGCACAAACCGCUGCCGAUUACACACAGAAACAUCGAAUCAGACUUUCUGCUCAAAGCCACAGCGAUUGUUAAAGUCGUUACGGAUUUUUUGGAAUCGCUCAAAAAUGAGGCGAUCCCACCGGAAAACAUUAGGGGAUCUUCUUUUUGCAUGAACAGCUUCCAAAUGAUGUUCAACAAUUCCAGAGUUCCCGGAGAUACGCGUGACAGCAAUGUUUUUUACUCCAUUUACGAAAAUAACUACAUCGUGGUGGCACUGAGAGGUAACUUUUACGUUCUAUACACUCAUGAUGACAAUGGUAAACCCCUUGAGUCUGCUGAAAUCUGGCAUCAAUUUUACAUGAUCACUCACCAGCUGUCCGGCUCAAUACAGGAGCAGGCCUUUGGUGGCGUGGGCGUUUUAACCUCGCUGCCAAGAAGCGAAUGGUACAAGUGGUAUUCUCACAUGGUGCUGAAUGAUACUAGUCGCGCAUCCCUUGAAAAGGUUCAUAAAUCUGCGUUUGUGAUUUGUCUCGAUCCGGAAACCAAGCCAGUGUCAUACGAAGAGAAAUCUCGAUAUGCAUGGCAUGGCGAUGGGAUCAACAGGUUUUUUGACAAGCCUUUGCAAUUUUUCGUUGCUGGGAAUGGUUCAUCGGGGUUUUUGGCCGAACAUUCCAAAAUGGACGGCACGCCUACUUUAUUUUUGAAUGAUUAUUUGUGCAAGAUGCUAACCAAAAUGAACCCCCAGCAGUUCCUCGCCGAAAUUGAAGGCCAGCAAUCCAACGCGACUAUUCGUCCCCAGCAUCUACCGUUUGUCGUAACGCCUGCGCUCUCUGAAGCAAUUGCCGACAGUAAGGUCAAAUUCCACAAAAACGUCAAGGACCAUGCCUUGAAAGUUUGGCACUACAACAGGUACGGGAAGAGUUUCAUGAAAGAAAUGGGGUUUUCCCCUGACGCCUUUAUCCAACAAGUGAUGCAGCUGGCCGUGUUCAAAUAUCUAUCGCGGCAACUUCCCACCUAUGAGGCCGCCUCAACGCGUAAGUUUUUCAGGGGCCGCACGGAGACGGGCAGAGCUGUGAGCGUGGAGUCCGCAGAGUUUGUCCACCAGUGGCAAAAUCCUGUGGCUUCCAAUGAACAGAAAAUCACUUCUCUGCGCGCGUCUGCGAAGGCACAUGCCGAGUAUCUGAAAAUGGCCGCAAACGGACUUGGUGUAGAUCGGCACUUUUUCGGACUUAAGAAUAUGCUCAAGUCUGGCGAACCGGUACCGCAGUUAUUUCGUGAUUCCUUGUUCACUUAUUCCCAAACGUGGUUGAUAUCCACCAGCCAAUUAUCUUCUGAAUACUUCGAAGGGUAUGGGUGGUCCCAAGUCAAUGACAAUGGGUUCGGGCUGGCGUACAUGCUCAACAAGGAUUGGAUGCACAUUAACAUAGUUAACAAACCCCACUUGAGCCAUUUAAGUGCAGAGAAAUUACACUAUUACCUAACCGAAUCCGCUGACGAAAUUGCGUCCUUGCUUAUCCUUGAAAAGGGCAAAGCUAAAUUAUGA